AUGAAUAAUUCAGAAAAUUUAAAGCCACUUGGUGAAGGACGUGGAAGUAAAGAGGCUGAUGCUGAGGCUAUAGCAUCUUCAUAUCGCGAAAAAGUCUCACUAACUGAAGAUCUCAAGAACGACUCAUUAUUGAAUCCACACAAAGAACGGAGAUCAACAAGUCCACAAAGAAUCUGUAGAUGCUCGAAAAUUAAAAUGUUAAGGGAAAAAACGCUUGAAAAAAUUCGCAAGUCAAUGGAAGCUGAAAAUGAAAGACGAUCAACAGCUACAGAUAAUCAAACUAGUGGUUUAAUAAAGGCUGAAGAAAAAAAUUCCACAAAUGCUGAGUCCAUAUCAUCAAAAGAAUCUAAAACAAUCAGUUCUAAGUUGCCUGUUGAGAACAUGCCACUAAAAGAAGCUUUAAGAAUCAGUCUUGAAUCGUCUAUUGAGAGCACCUCACUAAAAGAAUUUAAAAAAAUUAGUUCCAAAGUGUCUGCUGAGAGUUCUGAAUCCUUAAUUUUCAGUUCGAAAUUACCUAUCGAAAGCAUAUCUUCUAAAGAAUCUGCAAGAAUCAGUUCCAAAUUCCCUGCUGAGAGUAUGUCACCAAAAAAAUCUACAAGAAUCAGUUCUAUAUUGCCGACUGAGACUGAAAAGCCUUACAGAAUAUCUGACUUUCCUUCUGUUUCUCAAAGUAUUCAGGUGACAACAAUUCAAGAUGACGAUAUUUUUGAUGAUAUUGACAAAUUUCAUAAAAGGGAACUUGAAAGAAUUCAAGCGAGGAAAUCAACGAGAGAAUCCAGAUACACAGAAAUUUUUUGUAAUGAUAUUUGUGGAUCAUUUGAACCACUUGUUAAUGAGGAUCCUAUCAGAGAUUCAAAAAGAUCAUCAAAGGAACAGAGAUACUCAAACAUUUAUGAUAAUGAUAUGUUUGGAAUGCCUGUUGAUUUUAGAGAAUCUUUAGAGUUUUUCAAUCGAGAUCAGUUAAAAUUAGUCACACUUGAACCUGAAAUGAAUAUAGGGGCAUUAAAAGUACCAAAAACAGCUUCAAGUUACAACAGCAGUUUAGAGUGUGUGGAAGCUUCUGGUGAAAAAUCUUCUAUUCAAGUUCCAAAACUAGAUUUAACACAAUCAACAAGGGUAACGAGAUCCACUGACGUCAUUAAUAAUGAUAUUCUUGACAGUAUUGCAUUGAAAACAAAAACUACUCAAACAAGCAGUGUCAACGGUUCAAAACUCUCUGUAGUCACGAUUCCUCAAACUAAAUAUGACACGAGAAGAUCAAUUGCUGAUAAAAGAUACACUGAAAUUUUUGACAACGAUAUGCUUGGUAAUAUUAAACAGCAACAGGAUUUAAUUGAAACUUCAUCUAGACAGUCAUCGGAACCAAGAUCAAUUGCUCCAGAUCUCCAAAGUCAAAUUUCAAGAAAACAGAGCCUUUCUAAAAUAUCUAGCGAUAACUUAUCAGAAUUCAUCUAUAAAGUAACUUCAGCUGCAUGUGAAAUAACAUCACAACUUGGUGAAUCAACUUGCAAAAUUAAACAACACGAUAUAGUCGAGCGUUCUCCAACUAGGCACUCAUGCAGUCAGAGAUACAAAGUUUGUUCGGACUCAUGUACAUCGCAUUUAAAACCUCAUCCAUGCAGUUUAGAGGCUCCUUUAUGCUCACCAUCCUGUGCAACUUGCAAGCCAUUUACAGAAAGUAUUCAACGAAGCAGUGCACAAUAUGAUGCUGACGAUGAACGUUCAUCGUUGUUGCUAAAUAAAAAGGACAUAGGAACUCCUUUGAAUUCAAGUAUUCAACCACAGCAAGAUCAGACUCCUGAGUCGUCAAAAAUUUAUAAUAUUGAACGUGUCUGCAGCUGUUCUCAAAAGUAUCCGAAAUUGUUUGAAAAUGUCUUGUCCAAAUAAGCUGAUUGUCUCUGAGUAUUAAAGAAGGUUCCACUGUGGGCCAGAAAUGGAAAUUUUUUCCAAAAAUUAUUUCUACAACUUAUAUGAUAGUCCUUAUUCUGCCCUACAUUUAUGUCCUAAAAACUUUGCACAAGUCGACAGCAUGUCCGAGAUAUGGCACUUCAAAGUUGGUCAGU